UCGGUUUUGCUUUCAAAAUCAUUAUUCUCACUUUCCAUUUGGUCUGUCUUUAUGAAGUUAACUUUAUUCUGAAGAUGGAUUUUCAUCAUUUCUUGGCGCACACACACACACACACACACACAGGCAUGAAUUUGACACAACAACAACGACGUACUUGACAUUCAUUCACCCCGAACGACCAGUAAAAUUUGCACGUUUGUACAAGUGGUAAAAUAGCGCAUGCUACUUUAUACACAAGUCAGUGUAUGUGAAGUGACUGGCUCAAUAUUUACACAUCUGUACGUGUGGCUACUGAAACCCCGCUUAGCACUACCGCGUACGGUAUGAAGCUGUCGAAUGAUAAACGGAAGUGGGGGGGCGGUUCUGCGUCACGGUUCCCUGUGUACGGAAGUCUCGCGGAUGACGAUACCACAGGAGACGCGGUCGAGAAUCGCCGGCUUCAACAUCAACCGCGACUUUUACGGCUGACGUUAAUUCCACGGCUGAAUAUCACAUGUGAAAACCAGGACUCUGCGCUUGAAUGUUGUGGUACCACCAUCAUCAUCAUCAUCAUCCAUCACUGGAGAUGAGUAUGUUACAGUAAUUAAAUGAGGAUUUUGGACCCCCCCGCCUCCUUUCUUGGCCUUGCAGCCCCACUGAGCCCAGUUGAGCAGGGAGCUGCCAUGCCCCAGUGAGGAUGGGUCAGCACAUCUGCAUCUGUUCCCGAAGCUCCAUCACCAUAGAGAAUAAGAAAUACUACUUCAUACAGAAGCUAGAGGAGGGUGGGUUCAGCUAUGUGGACCUGGUGGAGGGUGCUCAGGAUGGGCGAUUCUAUGCAUUAAAGAGGAUUCUCUGCCAUGAUCGGGAGGGCCGCCAGGAGGCGCAGACAGAGGUGGAGAUGCAUCGUCUGUUCAAUCACCCCAACGUCCUGCCUCUGUCCGGCCACACCUUUGUAGACCGUGGGGGAAAAACUGAGGCCUGGCUGCUCUUGCCCUACAUCAGUAAGGGAAGCCUGUGGUCUGUGCUGGAGAAAUUGAGGGACAAAGGAGGCUUCAUGCCAGAGGAUCGCAUCUUGCACAUAUUCCAGGGCAUCUGCACUGGUGUUAAAGCCCUUCAUGACAAAGGUUAUGCACACAGGGACCUGAAACCAACAAACAUCCUCCUGGAGGAAGAUGAUCGACCCAUUCUGAUGGACCUAGGCUCUAUGAAUAAAGCCCGUAUUGAGGUUCGGGGAUCUCGUGAGGCUAUGACAUUGCAGGACUGGGCAGCCCAGAGGUGUACCAUCUCUUACAGGGCACCAGAGCUGUUUAAUGUGGAGAGCCACUGUGUUAUCGAUGAGCGCACAGACAUCUGGUCCUUGGGCUGUGUCCUAUAUGCCAUGAUGAUGAUGGAGGGUCCCUUUGACCUGUUGUUCCAGAAGGGUGAUAGUGUGGCUCUGGCUGUGCAAAACCCUGUGAUCAUCCCUCAGCCAUGUAGGUACUCCCAAGGACUUCAGACCCUCCUGAGCUCCAUCAUGGUUCCCAACCCUCGGGAACGGCCAGAUAUCAACUGGAUCCUGGACCAAGUUCGGCACCUGUGCUCACUGGAGCGCCCUGUCGAAGCCAAUAUGGUAUGAUGUUCCUGAGGAGAGAGGAAUCCACUCGUGGUUCCUCUCUGAGACUCCAUUAUGGACUGUCCCCUUUUGGAGCAUCUUUACCUUAGCACUCAGGCCUUCUGCUCUUCUGCUCUUGAACCACAAAUUUUACAGAGCUGUUGGUGAAAACUGUAUGUCCACACCAGUAAAAUACGAAUACAUACACACCCAUUCACAAAUGCAGGCAUGGACACAAUCACACAAGCAAGCAUGCAGACAAGUCCAUUCACAGUAGGCCUCCUUGUACAGUUGGUCACUUCAGACCUGGCAGCUGCUGCAUGCACGUUUUUGAAAAGCAUACACAUAGCUUGGCAUGCAACGUUUUAAUCUUUUUUUUUCUUUUUUUAAUGGGUUUUAUGAUUUGGUGUAUAGACCAGGAAACUUCAGUGCCUAAAAAAAUUAUUAAAUGGUUAUUGAUUUGAGCUUCAUGUCUCAGCAUGCAGAAGUGACUUGUAAUAGUUGAAUAGGGUGAAAAUGGGCAACACAGAAGUCAAAACCAAAAUGGAUGGUAUUUUGAGAUGCAUGGUAAUAUGCAUGCAUCUCUAACUGAAAACUUUGAACUGAUGUGAACUUAAGAAUGCAAUACCCACUUGGACAUAAUGAGAUGGAGCAAAAAGAUGUUUGACAUCCUUUACAGUUGGUAUCCAGUAGGUUUAAGUUAUGCAGAAAAUUACAUCCAUUUAAAAUUCAGCAAGGGACCUGUUUCCCCUGACACUUCUGGACUACCUGCCAGUUACCAUGGCAACAACAUAUGACAGGCUCUUAGAAGAAUCUUUCUUCAAGGCCUUCAUUAAAACUGCUGCUGGUGAAGAGAUUAUAGCCUAUUUCUUCUUAGUUAAAGAUUAAUAAAAUAAUCAUGUUGAAUGUUUAACAGGUAGUAAGGUAUAGACUUGUAAAUGCAGUACUAGUGGCCAGAUCAGUCCUGUUUGAAAAGGUACUGUACAGUGCUUGUCUUUGGCCUAUGGCCUUAUUUCUCACCAUAAAGGCUUUUUCAGUCUGAGGACACAAGGCCUUAAAGUGUCCCUUAAUGUGCUAGCUUCAUUCAUGACUUAUUCAUCCAGGGUUUUUCUGGUUUUCAUUUUACCCAGAAAAGCAAAUGAUCACAUUCAAAACCUAUUCAGAUUCCUGGAGAUCUUCAGUUGUUGUGUGUGUUUUUGUUUUGUGUGUGCGUGCGUACGCAGAUGCAUUCCAAAGCUACAUGUCUUUCAGGAGUCUUUGGUUUCUGUUGAACCAGUGUUGUAUUCUCUGUAUGGUGUGAUUACAUACUAUGUAUAUUUAUAGCACACUUUUUGUCAGCUUGUCUUGGUAUUUGUUUUGAAAAGGUACAUUUUGUAUGUCUCAUUAACUGUCCAAAGAAUAAGCGUGUUCCUCAUUUUAGAUCUCAUGAAGAAUUUGAACACAUUAAUAAAACUGAGGGCCAUGCAUCUUUGUAGAAGUUUUAAAAUAGUAUUUUACUGUUACGGUUGUGAUUUGUCAUUUUCUAAGCUUUGAAAAUGCAACCAGUUGCUAGAGCUGGUUGGGUAAUAAGUCUGUACCCAUAUCUUUAGGACAUUCCAUAAGUUCCAUUUUUUUUUUUUUUUAAAAAAAUGCAUUCCUGUUGUGUAUUUAAACUAAAAUGGAGGACAAGAUGAUUAAAUAUUAGUUUGACCAACUAAGCCUUGUGUGUCA